AUGGACGGUCUUUACUUCACCGCUAAGGCUCAGUUCCAUCAGCUUGCCACGCAUAUAUCGUUGUACCACGAAGAUGCUUCGCCCACCUAUCGUACGCUGGGGGAGGCGUGUUUGCAGCUUGCGGGAUUGCGGCCGGACAGGUUUACUUUUUGGAAUGUUCCCAACAUGAGCGGUUACUUCAACAAGGCUCUGCCCCUCGACAUACAUGGUGGGUAUGUCCUUGUUGACGAGGCGGCUGUGAAGGCAGCCGCGGGGACGUACGGUGUUCUUCGCUACGCUUACCUCGCUGCGGCUGUGCGUGCGCGUGCCGGUGGGCGUUGGCGCUACGACUUCACCACAAUGAAUGCAGCGCUCUGUGUGGGCGUGGCAAGUGGUUUCGCGGUACUUUCUGUAGGUCGACGGCGCUGGCCGCUGAUGCGACGGCGGCCUGUGGGAGCUAUUGCUGUUGGAGUAGCCACUUGUUUUGUGGCCGUUGUGGCUACCCGCCUGCUGCUGCGCGCCAUGGGUGCUGGUAUUACGCAUGCGCGCAAUAGCAACCGGAGGGCGUUGGAGAAACUCCGUUGUGUGGACUGUUACGAUGAUGUCGCGCGGUAUACGGAGCAACGAAAGGAAGAGGUUGAGGCUCAAAGGGUGCCGCAGCCGCAGCCGGGUAUGCCUCCUCUCCCUGAAGUUUCUUUGCGACAGUUCGAACGUUUAUCGGCACUGCAGGUACAAUUGCUGGAAUCGAACUUGUGUGAGAUUCGUUUGGCGAAACGCCGGGCGAACUCUCAACUAUGCGAUGUGCAUCGUGGCCUGCGUGAUGACGAGCAAUACGCAGUGUCUGCAGGUCUUCCCAUACAGUCCGCUGACGUAGCGCUCGCGAGGGAAAGGGCGCGUCAGUUGCCCUCAGGGGGAUAA